AUGCUUGAGUUCGACAAGAAGUUUUGCGAUAAAAUGCCGUCGUUGCCGCUCGAGGAGCUGCGCGCACUCGAGCGUGAGUACGUGUUCGCGCGGUUCGACUUCGAGGUCGCGUUCGACCUCGGCUGCAAGGUGCGCCAGUGGGCGCGCGAGCUGUUCCCCGCGGACGCGCUCGUCGUGGACUUGUCGCUGCCUAGUGGGCAGUGCGUGUUCCACGCGACCACGAACGCGGGCACCGCGCUCGACAACGACAUCUGGGUCGCGCGCAAGCGCCGCACCGCGGUGCGCUUUGGCUGUUCGAGCUUCGUGAUGGGCCGCAAGCUGGCCGCGAAGCAGCAGCAGCGCGCCUCGCUGACCAUGCAGGACGCCUACUUCGUGGAUCCCGCCGAGUACGCGUUCCACGGCGGCGCGCUGCCGCUGCGUGUUGAGGGCCUCGACGCGCCCGUCGCCGUGCUGACCGUCAGCGGUCUUGCGCAGGCCACGGACCACGCGUUCGCACUCGCGUGCGCGCGCGAGUUCGCGCAGCGCCUCGCGCAGCGCGAACUCGACCUGGACUGA